GUGACCACAGACCAAAAUGAAAGUAAUCGUGCACCACAAUUAGUAGCAAACCGCAUUGUUGGAAAUGGAAAUAUACAGGAUUUACCACCUACUAUACCGAGGUAUGAAGGUUCUGCUGGAAGCUAUACUGGACGCACUAUCUCCCGUGUGUUGUCACCUGCAUCGCGACCUAGUGUAGUGCAUGCCACAUCGGCUCCAGUGCGGUCAUCUGGAGGAGGAAAACUCCUCAUGGUCCGACGCUCGGAUGGUACAACACAAUUUUUACGACAAAUUCCACAAGGAGAAGAGUCAAAUGCGACGCAUCUGCCAGUUGUGAAAACUAGGAGCCAACAACCUCUUAUAGGCUCCAGAAUAGUGAGAGUAGCGAGUCGACAAGACCAGCCUACUUCUACCCGGCUUGUUUCUGCUCAUGGAGUAGAAGUCACUACUGCUCGCCAAGGAAUUGAGCAGACUGUAGAUCCGUUCAUGAAAAGGAUGGCUAUGGAGAAGGCAGCUUCUGGUUCAGUUACUGCUUCACAAGGCGCUCAUCGGCGGCAGGUGGGACGACCAGCUGAGGCUUACGAGGAGAUCUAUUAUGAACCAUCUGAGGACCAAGUUGUGUACACUGACGGAGUGCGGCCGAUCACGCGUCCCUCAAAUAGGUAUGGUCAAAAUACGGUUAUCUCGCGAAUGGUGCCUCGCAGCUCAAACGCAUUUGUUGGAAGGAGUCAAGCCAGCAACGUAAGAAUUUUGGAACUUGAACGUACGGAAGAUUUAGAGAAGAAACAAAUAAGGACUAAAUCUGCUGCUAAGCGUGCCGGCUAA